CGCAGCCUGAACCUGACGACACCUGUAGCCCAACGCAACUAAACCAUCUAUUAAUUAACUAAUCAGCGCAACGGGCCAUUUUGGCGCAGCCUCACGUUAAACCCGCCGCCGCCGCGCGACCCCCCGCCGUGCGUCGCCUAUGCACCGGUUUCAUUAACGCUGCGACGCCAAGGCGCACGCGACAAUAAGCCGCGUGCGGAGAAAGCAGAGAAUGGGUUGAAACGAGCCGGAGCCCCGCGUUUUCCCGCUGAAGCGUCGCUUCGCCUGCAGCACCCAGAAGUGAACAGCAGGCGAACCGGAAGGUUCGGAGUCCGACUGGGAGCGAGCAGAGCGGAGAGGAGGCUAAUCCGCUCUAAAACAUCCCUCCUCUGGCUGCUUCAGGAUGGCUGAACCUCGCUUUAACAACCCAUACUUUUGGCCCCCACCUACUGCCAUGCCUGGCCAGCUGGAUAACCUAGUCUUGAUCAAUAAAAUCAAGGAGCAGCUGAUGGCGGAGAAGAUCCGGCCGCAUCUGCCCCCCGCCUCCGCCCCGUCCCAGCAGCCCCUCCUGGCCGCCCCCGGUCAGACCGAGAGCGGCCAGCACGGGGCGUCCAAAGCCCAGCAGAUGCAGGUCCUCCACGGCCACAGCCCCUCUCAGCCUGACAUCGCCCUGCACGCCCGGCCGGCCUCCAGCUCAGUCUCAGGUCGCAUUCUGGGGGACGUAAAUUUGAAUCUGGACGAUAAGUCGGCUGUGAAGGCGAGAGGCCUAUGGGAAGACUGGCAUCUGCGUCAACUCAUGGAUAAUCCAUCGAGGGCGAACCACGUCUCAGGUGUGGCGCUGGCCUCUCGAACGGGCAACCUCAGCGCCUCAGAGGUCAACGCCCCCACCACGCCCGCCCCCGGCAGCCAGAGUCGGCUGGGCAGAGCGCCCGCCCCCCAUCUCGUCUCAGGGUUAGCGAGCUGCCACGGGAUGGAGCCCGGGAAACCCGGCGCCGGCCUCAUGGGCCUCCUCGGGCCGCCGCCCAAGCAGGAGCGCGGCCGCAAGAAGAUCAAGGCUGAAAACGGGUCGUCUCUGUUCGUGGUGCCGUACCCGAUCCUCGCCUCAGGCACCGACCAGUCGUGUGUCACCAUCACUGCCAAAGAGGGAAAAACCUACAGGUGUAAGAUCUGCCCGCUGACCUUCUUCUCCAAGUCCGACAUGCAGAUCCACUCCAAGACGCACACGGAGGCGAAGGCCCACAAGUGUCCCCACUGCACCAAGUCGUUCACCAACGCGUCCUACCUGGCCCAGCACCUGCGCAUUCACCUGGGCGUGAAACCCUACCGCUGCUCCUACUGCGAGAAGAGCUUCCGCCAGCUCUCCCACCUGCAGCAGCACACCAGAAUUCACACUGGCGACCGGCCGUACAGAUGCAGCCAUGCAGGGUGCGAGAAGGCGUUCACUCAGCUGUCCAACCUGCAGUCUCACCAGAGGCAGCACAACAAAGACAAGCCCUUCAAGUGCUCCAACUGCUACCGUGCCUACGGCGACUCGGCCUCGCUGCAGAUCCACCUGUCCGCCCACGCCAUCAAAAACGCCAAGGCCUACUGCUGCAGCCUGUGCGGCCGGGUGUACACGUCGGUGAGUGCGCCCCAGCCGGGCCCCGGCGCGGAGCCUCGGCGCCCGUGCGUAACCGCGCCGCCUGUGCUUUGUGUCUGCGUCUCCCCAGGAAACGUACCUCAUGAAGCACAUGGUGAAACACACGGAGGUGGAGCACGUGGUGUCCCGUCACUCGCCCCAGCACAGGACAGAGUCGCCCUCCCUUCCUAUACGCAUCUCCCUCAUCUGAGGCCCGGCCUGUGGAGGAGGACGGGAGGGAUUGCGAAGAAAAGGCGUUUUUAAUAAGUGUUUCCUUGUUUUCUUCAUUGCUGACCAGAUGGUAUUAUCAAGGACGUCCAAAGAUAAUUUUUUCAGCACUUUCAAGGCCUCUGCCUCCUUUUACCAUGUGACUUCACACAGUAAACAGUAUUGCUGAAGGCAGCUACAUGGACAAUGUUUCAACCUUUUGUUGUGUUUUAUGCUGUCCUUUUUUUUCCUUUUACUAAAAAUACAUUUAAAGAUGAAAAAUACAUUUUCAUCUUUAGUCUUCCAUUUGGCAGUUAACCACACUUUGUCACUUUGUGUGUCACUGCUGACUCAUAACUCAACGGAAGGAUCUGGUUUCAUGGUGGUUUCUACCUGUUCGUAUUCUAAAGCACUGUUAUGGAGUAUGUUCAGGUAGCAGAAUAAAAUGAAUUAAUUUAAGCCGUUAGUGAUGUUAGUGAUGCAACGAGCGCAGGAGCUUCUGUUUUCCAGGAGGUGCUAGAUGCCAAUCAAACGUGUGUUUUCAUAAAACUUAGACAAGAUCCUGUGAAUCUUUUAGAAAAUAUUUUGGCAAAUCAUCAAAUUAUUUAUGACUUUUGUUCUAAGUGUAUAUUGAUGUUUGCACCUUAAGGUCUGUUUGUCCACUCUACAGUACACAGGUGAACACUUACCACCUACAAGUGGAUCCUGAAUCAUGCUAUAAAAACCCUUUAAAGGGCUUUUACCUAUAAUAUACUGUAUCAUGAUUUUUACUGGUUCUUUACUCCAGUGCUUUAGCAUUUUAUAUGAAUUUAAGCCUUAAUUAUGUUACAACAGGAUCUGCUCCAUUGUUCUACCCCUUUUUGCAUUUCCAUUUGCUUUUUAUGUUAACGCAUGAUACUGUAAAUAACUUAUAUCAACUCCUAACUUGUUUUAUAAUAAAAAAAAUUCCACAGUUAAA